CUUUGAGAAGCAGAAAAAGAGAAAGAAAGAGAGAACGAAAGAGAGGUGUUUCCCUUGAUUCUGGAAACUUUAUAAAGAGAGAGCCAGCUUCUUUCUCUCGAGCAGUCAGAAAUAGGAGUCCAGUCCCUGAUACCCGGGCCUCCGCAGGAUCGAGAAGGAGGAAAACUCUUGGCUGGGGACUGGCCUGGGGCACUGGCUGCCAUGCAACAGCCCUUGAAUUACCCGUACCCCCAAAUCUUCUGGGUGGACAGCAGUGCCAGCUCUCCCUGGGCCUCCCCAGGGUCAGUCUUCCCCUGUCCGUCCUCUGUGCCAGGAAGGCCCGGGCAAAGGAGGCCACCACCACCACCACCACCACCACCAACACUACCGCCACCGCCGCCGCCACCCCUGCCUCCACUACCACCGCCACCUCUGAAGAAGAGGAGGGACCCCAACACAGGCCUGUGUCUCCUUGUGAUGUUCUUCAUGGUUCUGGUUGCCCUGGUUGGAUUGGGGAUGGGACUGUUUCAGCUCUUCCAUCUACAGAAGGAGCUGGCUGAACUCAGAGAGUCCACCAGCCAAGGGCAUAUAGCAUCAUCUUUGGAGAAGCAAAUAGGUCCCUCCAGUCCACCCUCUGAGAAAAAGGAGCUGAGAAAAGCAGCCCAUUUAACAGGCAAGCCCAACUCAAGAUCCAUCCCUCUGGAAUGGGAAGACACUUAUGGAAUUGCCCUUAUCUCUGGGGUGAAGUAUAAGAAAGGCGGCCUUGUGAUCAAUGAAACUGGGCUGUAUUUUGUGUAUUCCAAAGUGUACUUCCGGGGUCAGUACUGCAACAACCAGCCCCUGAACCACAAGGUCUACAUGAGGAACUUUAGGUACCCCCAGGAUCUGGUGCUGAUGGAAGGGAAGAUGAUGAACUACUGCACUACUGGCCAGAUGUGGGCCCGCAGCAGCUACCUGGGGGCUGUGUUCAAUCUCACCAGUGCUGACCAUUUAUAUGUCAAUGUGUCUGAGCUCUCUCUGGUCAAUUUCGAGGAAUCUAAGACAUUUUUUGGCUUAUAUAAGCUCUAAGAAAAGCACUUUGGGAUCCUCUCCAUUAUGGUUCCUUGCUAUAGGCACUGAGAAUGUUGUCUUGAAUGAGGGUCUUCUUAAGUUCACUUGAGGUCAAGAGAGAAGACAUGAACAAAGAGGAUCUUGAGACCACAGGGUCCAGCAGGUCUACAGCUCCUCAUCUCACCUACGGUCCAUGAGCCAGAUGGGAGGAGGACUCUGAGUAAUGAACGUGAAACUCUGGGCUGCCAUGUGAAGAUGCAGAGGCAGGGAAAAGCAGCUGCCAGGGUGUUCUACACUCACCUUAAGUGGCCUAGCACAUUUUGUACCAAAAUGUGCUAGGCUUUUUAACUCACCUUUUGGGGUGGGUCUACUGUCUACCUCAGGGGAGGCUGUCUUUCACGUAUAUGGAUGCGACAUGAAUGUAUAAGGGAUGGGAAAAGAGGACUAGGCUUAUGUGAUAAGCUAAAGAUAAUGAAAGGCCAGUGUUUCACUGGCAGCAUCUUUACUUCUAAAUGCAUAGCCUGAGCCAUCAGGUGAAGCUAACAGAGAAGCAAGGGAGAUCUUUUGGAGACUCAAUCCAUUCCCUAUACAGCAUGUAUAUUUCCAGUGCAAUCGUAGGGGGUGUGUGUGUGUGUGUGUGCGUGUGUGUAUAAGAGAGAGAGACUAGAAGAAUUACAUAAGUAGAGAGAAUGUGGAGAUUGGGAAGGACAUGUUAGGAAAGUAUGGGUUGCAUUUGGUGGUAGAUUUUGAAUGCUUUUUGGGCAACCAACUCUAAUAGUCCUCAAAACCCUUUGAUUGUCAGUUAUUAAAGCUGUUUUCCCAUAAUAUAACCAAUAUUUAUAU